UCAAUGUUACAGAUGAAUAUGGCAAAUAUUAAAUGGAUCUUGAAGCUGCUGACCGUUAUUUUAAUAUUGAAUUGCGUGAUUUUGUUCUACUACAUCAGGGAGCGUAACAUCUCUGGAGAUGAGACCAGAAAUGAUGUUUCACAGUUGCGCUGCACAAAAGUUCGUCAGACAUUUUCUGUCUACACUCCAGCAAUUACUGAUAUGAUGAGCUUCUCUGAGAAAGUCUCUGAGUUAUUGAGCUGCCCGUACAAGUCCAAUAUCAUCCAGAAAGAGCUGAACAGAGCAUUGCUGCGUUCCUGUUGUAAUGCCACAGACUAUUUAUACCUGACAAAGCAAAACACAGCUGUGCAUCAAAAACUUCCCUAUGAGUCUGAUGUAUAUCCCAACUACACAAUGAAUGAAGCUCUUCACAACUUGCUACCUGAGGCUUUUCCCUGGAGUGAGCGUCGUCUGGGUCGGUGUGCUGUGGUGGGAAGUGGAGGGAUUCUGAAGAACAGCAAUUGUGGAAGAGAGAUUGACAGUGCUGACUAUGUCAUCAGGUUUAACAUGGCUCCCAUUAAUAACAGUGAUGUUGGGCUAAAGACUGAUCUAAUCACAGUCAAUCCCAGUCAGAUCUUGAGAGGCUACAGAAACGCACAAAAGAAACCAGGUCCAUUAAUGCAGCGUGUGAGUGUUUAUGGUAAUGCAUCUCUAAUCAUGCCUGCGUUUGCAAGCCCGUUAAACACUCGAACGUCAAUCAGCACUCUCAAAGCGCUCUGGCCGCCGAGUCCUCAGCUGCGGGUCGUCUUCUUCAGCUCCAGCUACCUCAAGGCACUGGACCAUUUCUGGAAAGACCAUGGCCUGAAAGGGAGACGCCUCUCCACAGGUUUUAUGUUAAUUAAUUCGGCACUUGAGCUGUGUGAUCAUGUGCAUGUUUACGGAUUCUGGCCGUUUGACAUCAAUCUGGAGAAGCAGACAGUUCCACAUCACUAUUUCGACAACAUUGGACCUAAAGUUGGUAUUCACUCCAUGCCAGAGGAAUUUCUCCGCUUGCUGCAGUUCCACAGUCAGGGGGCUCUGACAUUACACCUGCAGCCCUGCUCAUGAUUUGCUGUUUUCAGU